AAAUUGCAGGUAGGACAUGGUUGUCCACGCCGUUUUUAAAAGGAGUUCAGUCGCUAAUCAACUGCGGUAGGAUACGCUUGGGAUCUUACCGCAAACAUAAUAUAGAAUCUGCGACUUUUCCGCGUUAGAGUUGCUGUAUGAGGCAUUUCGCGAUGAUGACAGUGUAAGAAAUUUGUUAUACUCUUUAUUAAGUAUAUAGCGGGGGUGUUAUUAAACAUAUUCGUAGCAGGCACCAACGCAAGAAACAUGUCUAGUGUACCACAAAUGUCUAGUGGGCUUAGCAAGCUUAAAAAACAUUUCCGAGUUAAACAUCAAAAGGUUAAGCUGUUUCGUGCAAAUGAACCUCUUCUUAGUGUUUUUAUGUGGGGUGUCAAUCAUACGAUAAAUGAGCUUAGUCAUGUUAAUAUACCAGUAGUACUCCUACCAGACGAUUUCAGAGCUUAUAGCAAGUUAAAAGUGGAUUAUCAUUUUUUUAAUAAGGAAAAUAUGCCCUCUCAUUUUACGUUUAAAGAAUAUUGUCCAUUAGUAUUUAGAAAUUUACGAGAAAGAUUUGGUAUAGAUGAUUUGGACUACAAGGAAUCAAUGACAAGAUGUCGGGCAUUUAAUCCUUCCCUAUCAGAGAGGCAUUGGAAUUUGGAUAAGAAUGGGAAGACUCAUAAAUUGGUUCAACAUUCUGCUACUACUCCUUCAAUAACUUUUUCUCCUUCUCCUGUUCUUUCACAAAUUCCAGUCCUAAGUAAACCAUUAUUACGUUCCUACAGUUUUAAACCAAAGCGUCUGAGAUCACAACCUAUAUUAGAAGACUCAUCUGGAAAAAGUGGUGCAAAAUUUUAUCAGUCUUAUGAUAAAUUGUUUAUUAUUAAAACUCUUACAGGAGAAGAAGUAGAAAGAAUGAAUUCAUUUUUAAAACAUUAUCAUCCAUAUAUUGUGGAAAGACACGGAAAAACUUUAUUACCUCAAUAUCUUGGCAUGUAUCGUUUGACAGUAGACGGAGUCGAACAUUAUGUUGUUGCUAUAAGAAAUGUAUUUUCAAAUCAUUUAACCACUCAUAAAAAAUUCGAUCUCAAAGGUUCAACAGUAGAUCGUGAAGCUUCUGAUAAAGAAAAAGAAAAAGAUUUACCUACUUAUAAAGAUAAUGAUUUUGUUAAAGAAGGAAUGAAAAUUUAUAUUGGUGAAGAAGCAAAAACUAAACUUAUAGAAACAUUAACUGCUGAUGUUGAUUUUUUAACAAAGUUGCAUUUAAUGGAUUAUUCUCUAUUACUUGGACUACAUGAUUGUGCACGAGCUGAACAAGAAAAUAGAGAACGUGCUGAGAAAGAGGAAGAAGAGGAUAAUCAUGAAGAAGAAGAUGAUAGCGAAUCGGGAAGCGGACUUGAUUCACGAGGUCCAAUGGGAGAUCGUCUAUGGGGUUGGAGUGGUGUUGCAGGUAUGACAACUCCUCCUGAAUCGCCACAUGCCGCAUUAAUGCGCGAUACAAGUUUACAAUAUGAAGAUGCAAUAAUUCCUGAAUUAGAUAUUUAUGCAAUUCCUAGUAAAGAAGGUGCACCUACUAAGGAAAUUUAUUUUUUAGCCAUAAUUGAUGUGUUAACUCAUUAUGGUGUACGUAAACAGGCAGCAAAGGCAGCUAAAACAGUGAAGUAUGGUGCUAAUGUUGAUGGUAUAUCAACCUGUGAUCCAGAACAAUACGGCAAGCGAUUUAUAGAGUUCAUGAGCAAAGCUAUAGAAUAAGCUCCUUGUUCGUUGUUGUUAAGCUUGUAAAUUUG